GUGAGCUCCCGUUACUUCAGGGGUGGGUUGCUCCUGGCAUUACUGCCGGUUCGGUGCACACAAAAAUUUUGUCUGUCAGAGCCACUUCCAAACAUUAUUUGGAUGUUCUGGAUUUAAAAAUAAUAUUUUACCCCUUGUCACUUUCUUGCUUAUAUUUUCACCAAGGCCAUCUUCCUUACUCUAUACACAUCCACAGCCACGAGGAAAGCCCUGAAAUAUGUUCAUUUCACUCAUCUUUGUCAGAAUUUUCUCAAAAAAUUCCCCCUCUAGAUGCACUUACUUUAUAUUUUUUAUUUGAUUGAUUGAAUCCUAUGAUCAGCUAUCUCACAAUCGCAACUCUGAGCACCUAACAGGGCCUAAAAGCAAACAAGCAAACAAACAAUAAUAAAGAGUAAAAAACUUACACUGGUCACCAAGAGAAAACCCGAAGAGAACAAUCAACAAAAUCCUUCCACGAACCACCUAGACUUCUAAGCCCCAAGUCCUGGAACACUUCAAUACUUCACAAAAGACCAGCAGAUCGAGUCUAAUCUAAUCUCUGGUUUUCCAGAAAGCAGGUGGUGUGACAGAAAAUGCAUGCUUCCUAGGUCCCAUUGAAAAACACAAUGAGUGAAAUUUGUAUAAAAUUGCUGUAUAGGAGGAAAUGUUCAGCUGAUCAUUUUGUUUCAGCUGAUGAAAAUAAAUUUCGUUAUGCUAUUUACAUCAGAGCUUCAAUGUUUACUUUCUGUUUUAAAUCUCUAGUGUCCGCUGCUAAAUCUUUACUUUUUUCUACUCCAACUGGAAUCAAGCCACUCCAGCAAGUUAAAAGCUUUCCAAAUAGCAGGCUGAAAAAAGAAGCUAGUCAUGAUAAUACAAAACUUGAGGACCACUUUACUAAGCAGACUGCAGCUCUUUUGUUGCAGUCUGUGGAUAUUUGCUGCCCAUCAACUCCUACAAAAAUGAAGAUGAGAAGCCAGCAGCAAAUAGAACAAAUGUUUUCCAAGUUCCUGCUUUCUGAUGUGAGAAAAAAGCAAGGGGAGCCAUUGAAAUCUCAGCAGGUGGUAUGUUCUUCAGCUCCUCUUCACCAGAAGGAAUCAGAUAAAAGAAUGAAACAUGAAAUGCAUCUUCAUUGUCUGAAUCAUUUGUAUUACUUUUCCCUUAUUAAAAUGGCAUUGACCAAGAGGCUCCUAAAGCAAAAUGGUCAGUUUUCAGAUGUCAGGAAAGGGCAAAGUGUCCAUGAUCUGAUGGAGUAUUUGUUUCCAAAUGGUCAUGAACAUUCCAGACUGAAAUGUAAUGAGAUGGUAAUAGAAGAAAACACAGUUCCAUGUUUAAUUCAUGCAAAGCAGCAAGAAAUGCAUCAGAAAGACUCUCCCAAAGUACUCAGAAUUCCAAAAGAAAAGAAAAUGUUGAAGCAAGAGAAACAUGUUGAUAUUUUUAUUUUGCCCAACAGGAUUGAAGAUGAGAAAUCAUCUGCUGUUGGUGAGAAGGACACUAUUGCUAUGCCUUUAUCUCUGGAAGAUGUAGCCCUUUACCAUCCUGUAAUAGAACCCAAGCAAAUAAGCAAAUAUUGGACAAACUACUCUGGCAAAAAUUCCUUCAACCAUGAAAAAUACUAACUAUUUGGUCCUGUGAAAACAUGCUAUGAAUACUUUGAUCAACAUUAUUUAUGACUGCAUAUGUACUGUGUCCUUCUCAUGCCACUCUUUCAUUGCAAUUCUCUAAAUAUGACUUUUUGAUACACAUUCUUCUUACGAAUUGUGAACAGAUUCAUAUGUUUAAUUGUUCUAUUGUUCUGAUGGUAUUGCUCAAGUCUCACAGAGUACCAGUGCUGUUCUUUGUAUUUUCCAGUAAACAUAUUUCAAAUAAAUUCCA